UGGUUCCAGGGCACCAUAAUUCAAGGACGCCGGGUGAGGUUUCGCAACCUUCUUCACAUCGGCCAGUCAUUAGAAGCGCGUCGCGACCAUGGGGAUGGCAUUCACAAAGCUCUUCGCCAAGCUGAUCGGCAAGCAGGAGAUGCGCAUCCUGAUGGUGGGCCUCGACGCCGCUGGCAAGACUACCAUCCUGUACAAACUGAAGCUCGGCGAGGUUGUCACGACGAUCCCGACGAUCGGGUUUAAUGUGGAGACGGUCGAAUACAAGAACAUCAGUUUCACCGUGUGGGAUGUCGGUGGCCAGGACAAGAUCCGCCCGUUGUGGCGCCACUACUACCAGGGCACACAGGGCCUCAUCUUCGUUGUUGACAGCAACGACCGUGACCGCGCGGAGGACGCGCGUGAAGAGCUCAUGAAGAUGUUGAACGAGGACGAAAUGCGCGAUGCCGUGCUGCUUGUCUUCGCAAACAAGCAGGACCUCCCGAACGCGAUGCCGGCGGCAGAAGUCACCGAAAAGUUGGGCCUCCACAACAUGCGCAAUCGCCAAUGGUUCAUCCAGUCGGCCUGCGCCACGACCGGCGACGGCCUCUACGAGGGCCUGGAUUGGAUGUCGCGCACGCUCUCCUCCAAGAAGUGAAGGACGAGCGCCCGGAUCGGACAAUGGCCAGCAGUGAAGAAUAGGGCCCCAACUGGGCCCCCCUCUGGGGCCCCUGCCGGCUCCACGUGGGGGCCCCAAACGGCUCCUUCGGGUUUCUCCUCACCCUCCUCCUCCUCCUCCUCCUCCUCCUCCUCCUCCUCCUGACAGUGGCGUCGCCUGCCGGCGCACGGGCCGCUCCGUCGACGCGGGGGACGGCGUACGCCCCAGGGUGUUUGUUCCUCCUGCGGGCGCAGCGUCGAGGCCUUUGCAGCUCUGCCCGUGCGGCGGAGAGGGGCCGAGGCCAUGCGUCGCGCUCGACUGCACUCUUGCCCCCCACCCUCUUCUUCCCUUCCA